AUGCGCCUACUGGCGCUAAGACGCCCGGCUAUCAGCAGUCAGCUAAGAAGACUUUUCAUCCAGACAGCUGAAACGCCUAAUGAGAAUGCAUUGAAGUUUCUUCCUUCCAUGAACAUCCUCAAGGAGAACGAGACCAGAGAGUUUCUUAGUGGCAGAGAGGCCGCGUGCUCGCCACUUGCUGUAAAGCUUUUUGGCGUCGACGGCAUUAAGUCUAUCAUGUUGGGACUGAACUUCAUCACGAUCGAAAAACACAGCGAUGACACCGACUGGAGUCUCCUCAAACCCGAGAUCUUCUCCAUCUUGACCGAGUCAUUGUCGAACGGAUUGCCCGUGGUCAACGAAACGGACGAGCUCUCAAACGAUAUUGGUUUUAGCGAGGAAGAUGACGAAGUUGUCCUGAUGAUCAAAGAGCUCAUCUUCACGAGAAUCAGACCUGCCAUCCAGGAUGAUGGUGGCGACAUCGAAUUUGCUAGCUUUGAGGAGGACACGGGAGUUGUUUACUUGAAGCUUAAGGGCGCAUGUAGAUCGUGUGACUCGUCUUCGGUGACGCUCAAGAACGGUAUUGAGAGUAUGUUACAGUACUACAUUGAGGAGGUUCAAGAGGUGAGACAGAUUGACGUUCUGGACGAGGAGGAGACCGGUGCUGCUGCCGAACCGGCACCAGAGUUCCAGGCCGCUUCCAUCUCGCCAGCCAGAAGAGAAGAAGCUCCACCUUCAUUGUAA